AUGUCUCUGAGCCAUCGACUGGUGGGCACAUACCUUUUGUAUGAUGUAAAUCCUCCUGAAGGGUUCAACCUUCGCAGAGAUGUCUAUAUUCGCAUUGCUUCCCUCCUAAAGACCUUGCUGAAAAGUGAAAACUGGGUGUUAGUCCUGCCUCCCUGGGGACGUCUUUAUCACUGGCAAAGCCCCAGCAUCCUUCAGGUCCGGAUCCCUUGGUCUGAUUUCUUCGAUCUCCCAAGUCUCAACAAGAACAUCCCUGUCAUCGAAUAUGAGCAGUUCCUUGCAGAGUCAGGUGGGCCCUUUAUUGAACAGAUUUAUGUCCUACAAGGCUACGCAGAAGGAUGGAAAGAAGGAACAUGGGAAGAAAAAACAGAUGAAAGGCCAUGCAUUGAUCAGCUCAUGUACUCCAAAGACAAACAUGAGUACUACAGGGGAUGGUUCUGGGGUUACGAGGAAACGCGGGGCCUAAAUGUCUCUUGUUUGUCUGUCCAAGGAUCUGCCUCUAUUGUGGCUCCCAUCCUUUUGAAGAACACUUCAGCACAGUCAGUGAUGUUAGACAGAGCUGAAAACCUUCUUCACGACCACUACGGAGGGAAAGAUUAUUGGAAUACCCGUCGGAGCAUGGUGUUUGCUAAACACCUCCGUGUAGUGGGAGAUGAGUUUAGAAACAAAUAUCUUCAAUCCACGGAUGAGGCAGACAGGACUCAUUACAAGGAGGACUGGACACAGAUGAAGGUUAAGAUGGGCACAGCUCUAGGUGGUCCAUACCUUGGGGUUCAUCUCAGAAGGAAAGACUUCAUUUGGGGUCACAGAGAAGAUGUGCCUUCCCUGCAAGGAGCAGUAAAGAAAAUCCGCAGCCUCUUGGAGAUGCAUAAACUUGAAAAAGUUUUUGUAGCCACUGAUGCUGUCGAGGAGGAGAUUGAAUUGCUCAAGAAACUGCUGCCUGAGAUGGUGAGGUUUGAACCCUCUUGGGAGGAGCUGGAACUCUACAAAGAUGGGGGCUUGGCCGUGAUUGACCAGUGGAUCUGCGCGCAUGCGAGGUAUUUUAUAGGCACCUCAGUUUCAACAUUUUCCUUCCGGAUCCAUGAGGAAAGGGAGAUCUUGGGAUUUGAUCCAAAAACAACUUACAACCGAUUUUGUGGUGAAAAAGAGAAAAACUGUGAGCAGCCGACUCACUGGAAAAUUGUAUACUAAAAUACAGAGAAAUCCAAGGACUUCAAUACUGGUGAGCUCAAAAGAAUAAGGAAAAACUACAGGGAAAUACCUCCCUUUGACCAAACUACAACUCAGUCCUCUACCCUCUUCUCAACGUUUACUUGACAUUUGGGUUUUGAAGUACAAGCAAUAUUCAUCUUCUUAGUCAGGCAUUGAUGGGAGGAGAAAAAUGAAGUCAGCCUGGGGUCCAGUUCUCAGCAUAGCUAGGAUUAGGGGACAGUACCAGACACUGCAAUUGAGACUUGAAAGGCAAAACUUUGUCCUGAAACUGAGUAACAAACGAAGUAAUUCGCGGCUUUCUUUGGAAUUCUGAGGAAGAAGAGGAACAGUUUUAACUUUUAUAAAUGUAACACAGCUGUGGUCUGUACUGCAUUUCUGUCUUUAUUUUUUGUUCUGUUCAGUGUUUGCCUCUCUGAUCACAAAAAAAUAUGUCUUGGUUUUGUAACCUGCACUACGUGAGCUGCAGAUUGUGUGUAAACUCUGCCGUUCCUUGGGGAAAUCUUCCCUUUUCAAAUAGUAAUUUGUGAACAUUCAAAUUAUCUGAUGCAAUCAGUGCUCGAUAAAAUAAGAGGAGGUGGUAUUUCUACCUGAACACCGAUUGCUUCUAAUAGCAGUCUCAGUGGGUCUGUGCUGAGAGAGGCACAAAGAUGGGGCUUGUAGGGUGGUAAAAGAAAGGUUAUGUUUCUUCUUACGUUUUACCUUCACAAAGGAAACUUUUUUUCCCCCAUCGUCCUCCCAAAGGCCUGUUCAGUUGGACAGAUGCAAAAGUCAGCACCCUUUUGGGAUCACCCAGUCACUCAGUUCAGUGACGGUGAUGCUUUGCUAGGGAGCAUGCUAAAAAGCCUUUCAAGUUUCCACGUCAGUUAAAUGGAUUGUCCCAGUAAUUCAACAAAUGAAUUUUCUGCAUUUCUGCUUUCAGUUUAUGCAAGGGAGCAAACUGAGGACCAUCACAGACUGCAAAGGUCAUUGGGCCUCAAGAUAAUGUGUAUAAGCCUAGCAGUUGGGGAACCUUGCAGGUGAGGUUGUGCUCUGAUGGAGAUGGCCGGCUGGUGGUACAGGGGUAGAGCCCCAUGCUGCACCACCAGCCAGAGGGAAAGCACAGCUCCCGUUUGAGAAGAGUUUUGUAUGAGUGCCAAUUCUAGCUCUUGCAGCCUCCUGCUAUGUAGAAUUGGCUGCUGGGAAGUAUUCUGCUUCAUUCUGUGCAUCUUUUGCCCUGCAGGUCUACAUGGCUCUGUUAAGCAGGAGGAACCUUUUUCAAAAGUGGACUAGGAGACAGAUUUCAAAAGGUGAAGCAGACAUUUUUCCUUAAAGUCAGUUUUACCAGAUUACCUCACUGUUAGCGGACCCUUCACUUGCUUUUUCCAUUUGGCUUGAGUGGGAGUAUAUAUAACCCUCCUGCACUGCGCAAUGGACCAUUUCACAGAUGUUCCCAGACAACGAGGUUGUUUCCUCCCAUGCAACUGCAGCGGAAGCUGUGAAGAUUUCUCAGACACUACUAGCAGCAGCUCUCCUGUUCUUACCAGCUGUUUAUUGUAUCUCUGUGCAGCAGCUGAGCAUCUCUGGUGACAAAGUGGGGAGCCCAGCAUUUCAAAGCAGUGCCUUUUCUCACCAAGUCAAAUGUUCUCGUUUAGCCUGUGCACCAUGUAAAGCGAUGGUGACAUUUUACAUGUGAUGUAUACCUCAUUAAGAAAAAUAAAAUGCU